AUGAGAUGGAAAUACAAAAGCUCGAAGGGGCGAUGGCUGUUAGUGCUGUUGAUGUUGAUAGUGGUCCCAGCGGUUGUGGCCCAGAAGAUCGGUGACCCUUAUAAAAUACUCGGCAUCAAUCAACGAGCGACUCUACCCGAAAUCCGCAAGGCUUAUAGACAAUUAGCUAAAGAAUGGCAUCCAGAUAAGAAUGAGAACCCAAAUGCUGAAGCCAGGUUUGUAGAGAUCAAGCAAGCAUAUGAACUGCUAUCGGACACUGAAAGGCGACAGGCAUAUGACUUGUACGGAAUCACCAACGAAGAUGACCACAUGUACAAGCAGAGGCACGAUUACAGUCAAUAUGCAAGAUUUAGCAAUGACCCAUUUGAGUUCUUCAGUACACAUUUCCGAGCACAGGAUCAAGAUAUAACAUUAUUCCACAAACUCUCUGUAACGACAAGGCAUUUCGAAAAUAACAUAUUGGAGAAAUCAAUACAUACUCCGGCUUUAGUCCUGUUUUACACCGAUUGGUGUUUCGACUGUGUGAGAUCGGCUUCAUCUUGGAGGAAGUUAGUCGAUUCUUUGCAGCCUUUAGGAGUGACCCUGGCUACUAUACACGCGGGACAUGAAGCUAGUCUGGCUAGAAGAAUAGGAGUCCACAGUGUACCCUGCCUUACAUUAAUAUUGGAUAAGCAGAUAUACAUUUACAAGGAUGGGCUGAAUUCAUUACCAAAGAUAUUAGAAUUUAUGCGCUGGAAGUUCCCCUACAAGCUGGUCCGUGGUAUAAACGAUGGGAAUGUUGAUUCAUUUGUGAGCGACUUCGAGGACAACAAAGUCAAAGCCUUAAUAUUCGAGGAGCGACAAACAAUCAGGCUGAGAUACUUGAUCACAGCAUUCCACUACAGGGAUAGAUUGUCGUUUGCUUUCGUGGACAUAUCAGCUCGUGAUACUGUUAAUGUUACAUCAAGGUAUAAAGUACAGCGAUCUAUGGACACUAUGGUGUUGUUGAAGGAAGAUAGUGUGGAGCCCGCGGCUACGGUCAGCACAACAGAAAUACAGACACAGACCAUGAGGCAGUUGAUAGAGGCUAAUCAGAUGUUGACGCUACCUAGACUAUCUUCACAGAAUGUUCUAGACACUGUAUGUCCCGUGGAGUGGCGUGCUGCGCGUCGCGUGCUCUGCUGCGUGCUGAUCGUGCGAGAUGAGAGAGAAGUUCGUUCUAACGCGCACAGUAUUCAACAGUUACGUGACCUGGCCAGACGAGCUCCCGAUCGUAUCAGAUACACAUACGUGUAUGAACACGCGCAGCCCGACUUCGUUAAUGCCCUUGCCAAUGGUUCUGGUAUAGAUUUAUCGAGUCUGGAUCAUCGUAUAGUGGUUAUAUGGCGUCGGGAGUCAUCUAGGAUACAGUAUGAGUGGUUGAAAGAGUCCUGGCCUAGCUGUGGACGUUGUCAAGGCGAAGAGGGGGUUCGAUACCAGGAAAAGAUGAAUCGCACGCAGCGGGCGCUCGACGAAAUGCUCAAGAGAUUACUGAGGCCUAGCGAAGUGGUCGCAUAUGAAGCUAGGAUUCAGGAGUUAGUGGAUGAGUCGUCGCCAUGUGGUGCUCGACUAGUUAUGGCGCGCGUCUCUGAAUGGAUAGAACGCGCGAUGUCCGCUCUCAAAUCACACCACGCACUAUCAGCGCUAUCAGUACUAGCCACUGUGGCAUUAGUACUCGCUGCUGGCUACUUCAUGGCGUAUCUCAUACGAGUGGAAGAAGAAUCUGUUCAACGCGAAAAGGAAGAGAGAAGGAGACAAAACGGCGGCAAACGGAACAACAAUGAGGCGCAACCGGAAAUGAGGUUACACGAGCUACGAGCUGAGAAAUAUAACGGAUUGGUCAGGUUACAGAAGCCAGGUUGCAGGACUAUAGUGCUGUUAGUAGAUUCACAGAGUCGAGUUCAACUGCUGUCUAAGUUCCACAAGAUCGUGUGGCCGUAUCGAAAGAACAAAACCCUGGUAUUCGCGUACCUGUGCGUGGAGAGGAACGUGGAAUGGUUCCGUCGCGUGCUUCAACUGUCUCUGGGAGGCGGCGGGGAACUUCGCGUUAACAGAAGGAACUGUGUGGGCACUGUGCUAGCUUUGAACCCACACAGAAAGUACUUCUGCAUCUACCACGCCAAACAUCCGGAGUGCGUCAAACCGCAUAAGCGUAUGAGUCGUAUGGCAGCCUCCUUGGGCGGGCGAGCUCCGGACCCUGAGGCUGGAGCAUUCAUCGGCUUCACCACCGACCCUGACUCAUCAGAUGACGACUGUUACGACCCACCCUUGUUACUACAAGAAAAUCUUCUCGAUGGACUAGAAAAUUGGCUGGACAGACUCUUCGAAGGUAGCACCCACCGCUACUACGUGAACUACUGGCCGGAUAUGACGACUAAGUGA